ACCGCAUAUUCGUCACGUGCCCGCUUCUCUUUCUCCAUUUUUCUACGUCUGCAGUUAAAUAAGACGGUGAAAGGCUGCUGCUAUAUUUUCCGGCGAUUUUUUGACCGGAAAUUCCUGCAAAAAAAAUCCAAUCUGGUAUAGAGCAGAGAAAAAGAUUGUGAUUUUUUUGGAAAUCCGCCCGGAAAAAAUCCGAUUCGGAUAUCGUCAUUUUGAGGAAAUCAGUAGGAAUAGUAGUUUUCUGCCGGAAAACCGCCGGAAAAGAGGCGAGAGUCCUCCGUGUACUAACGUUCUCGCCCCGCUUUUCUCGGCAGCUUUGGUCGGAAAUACUGCCGGAAAAGCUUAUCUCCGCCGAAGAAGUUGAAGAAUCCGGUAUUCAGUUCACCUCCUCCUUUUCUCGACGGAGAUACUGACGGGAAAGCUCAUUUCUGGCAUUCUUGGCUUUUCUGCUGGAAAAGCUCAUCCUGGCUGGAGAAGUUGAAGAAUCCGGUGGAUUCUGCUCAUUUCCUCAUUUUCCCGCUGGAGAUACAGCGGGAAAAUUUCAUAUCUGAAUUUCCCGCCGUUCUGCCGGAAGAGGUCAUCCUAACGGUAGAAGUUGAAGAAUCCAGUCGAUUCAAUUCAUUUCCUCCUUUUCGGGCGGGAGAUACUGCCGAAAAAUCUCAUGUCCGGUUUUCCCGGCCAUUCUGCCGAAAAAGCUUAUCGUCGCCGGAGAAGUUAAAACCCCGUCCUCGUUUGGCCGGGAACCCGCCGAAAAGCUGAUGAGCUCGUGUGAAAAUCUCGCCGGAUUUAGGCGCUGUCCUGUUUUCCGGCCGUUUACUGAAUAACUGCCGGGUUCUUGUCCUCGAUCGUGUAAAGUCUGGUCUGGCCUUAAUCGAGUCUGUUCUAGUGUUUUUCCAUGGAUUUGAAUGGCAAAGCUUACACCAAAGGUGAGAAAGACGAUGUUGUUUUGGUAAUUUCAGAAGAAGAAGCUUCAAAGGCUAAGAAUCAGAUCAGGGAUUGCAGAGAUUCAUUAAAAGAUGCAGGAUCUUGCUCCUUUUCAAAGGAAUCGGAAUCUGCUAGCCCAAUCCUUGCGUCUCCGCUGUCUAAUGAUCCGAAGGAUUCCGAUUCUGGAUUCUCAGAUAUUGACCAUCUGAAAUCGAAAGUCUCCGUUUCUGCUUCAACGUUAGUUGGCAGCAGCCCUUCCCCUGAAACCGUGAAAUUCUGUCCGAGUCCAAACAAGCCUCCAAAGCACCCCCAAACUGAAACCCUAACCUACCGUUCACUCUCAAGAUCGAUGGUCUCAAAGCCUAAGUCGAGAUAUGUUGAAUUGCCCUAUCCAUCUGCUUUGAAACAGGUGGAAGAACAUCUCCCAACGAAAGGCUCGACUUCACCUUACUGGAGUUCGCCAAACCGAGCUCCUCCUAUCACUCCCAAGGAAAAUCUCAAGAGCACCACGAUGACCCCACGGUCGCUUGCGGUGGAGGAAGAAGAGGAAGAGAUUUAUGAAAGUUGUGAUGUCCCUGGACGUGAGAAAUGGUGCAGGAAAUUGAAAUUCAGGGUCCUGUUCGAGUGGGUCUCACUGCUCUGUGCGACCGCAUUGCUGAUCACAAGCCUGACCGUUAACGAAUUGCAGAACUUCAUGAUCUGGGGUCUGGAAAUCUGGAAAUGGUGCCUGAUGGUGAUAGUGAUCUUCUGCGGCCGCUUGGUUUCUGGUUGGUUUAUAUAUGUCCUUGUUUUCUUGAUCGAACUGAAUUUCAUACUCAAGAAGAAGGUUCUGUAUUUUGUUCAUGGUUUGAAGAGAAGUGUUCAGGUCUGUAUUUGGUCGGCUUUGGUUCUCCUCAGUUGGUCUCUGCUGUUUGAUUGCGGGGUUGAGCGAUCAAAGACAACCAGCAAGGUCUUGAAUUAUGUGUCGAGGACUCUUGGUACGGUUCUGAUUGGAGCUGUUAUAUGGUUGGUGAAGACUCUGUUGGUCAAGAUCUUAGCUUCUUCAUUCCACGUCAAUACAUUCUUUGAUCGGAUUCAAGAAUCGAUUUAUCAUCAGUAUCUUCUUCAGACCCUCUCGGGGCCUCCAUCGAUGGAGAUGGCUGAGCAGGUUGGGAGGACCAAGAGUGCCCAGUUGAGUUUGAGGAGUGUGGAGAAUGGGAAGGGAGGGGAGCAACAAAAGGUGAUUGAUGUGGGGAAGCUUCAUAAGAUGAAGCAAGAGAAGGUCUCGGCAUGGACCAUGAAACGGCUGGUUAACACGAUAACGAGCUCUGGAUUGUCCACGAUUUCAUAUACGAUUGAUGAGAGCAUCGAUGAAGAGUGGGUUGAGCAGAAAGAUCAGGAGAUUACUAGCGAGUUGGAAGCGAAGGCUGCUGCUUAUAAAAUUUUCAAAAAUGUUGCCAAGCCCAAUUGCAAGUGUAUUGAUGUGGAGGACCUUAUGAGGUUCUUGAGUAAGGAGGAGGUGGCAAGUGUGCUUCCGCAUUUCGAAGGUGCUGCAGAAACUGGAAAGAUCAAGAAGUCGGCUUUGAGGAACUGGGUGGUUAAGGUCUACCUUGAACGCAAAUCACUAGCACAUUCCCUGAAUGACACCAAAACAGCGGUGAAACAGUUGAACAAGCUAGUAACAGGGGUCGUGAUCGUCUUAAUUAUAAUCAUAUGGCUGCUUUUGAUGGAGUUCGCAUCAACCAAAGUGCUCGUGUUCAUCUCAUCUCAGAUAUUGGUGGUGGUUUUCAUGUUUGGAAACACCUGCAAAACCAUAUUUGAAGGCAUCAUAUUCAUAUUCGUAAUGCACCCAUUUGAUGUUGGCGACCGUUGUGUUAUCGAUGGAGUGCAGAUGGUUGUCGAAGAGAUGAAUAUUUUGACGACAAUCUUCUUGAGGUUUGACAAUGAGAAAAUAUACUAUCCAAAUUCGGUGUUGGCAACUAGACCCAUCAGCAACUUCUACCGAAGUCCAAACAUGGGUGAUUCUGUGGAGUUUGCAGUUGAUGUUUCAACUUCGAUGGAUAGUAUCGGAGCUCUCAAAGAAAGGAUAAAAAUGUACAUAGAGAGCAAACCUCAGCACUGGCAACCUAACCACAACUUAGUGGUCAAGGAGAUCAAGAAUAUGAAUAAGAUGAACAUGGCUCUAUUGAUCAACCACACCACGAACUUUCAGAACAUGGGUGAAAAGAUUAGCCGUAGAUCUGAUCUCAUCUUCGAGUUGAAGAAAAUAUUCGAAGACCUCUCGAUUAAAUAUCACCUUCUGCCUCAAGAAGUUCACCUCCGUUACAUUGGCUCUGCAAUGCCACCGACAUUGAACUUUGGACAGUGAUGAUCUCUCCGUGGCGCCAGAAACUCAGCUAACUCUGUUUUGGGGUGAUGGAUUUGGAUAUUAUUUGCAGUGGUGGGCCAAGCUUCUGACUGCUCCAAUGAGAGAAAACAGGAGUGACAUGGGUUUCUCUUGCCUAUGAAGUGAUUUCGGACAUCUCUUUGAACAUCCAUGAUUAAUUCAGAAGCAUCGAUAUUUUUAUUGUUUUGUUCUAUGCUGGCCACCUUAAAAGUCAAGCAAGGUUUGCCUGUUUUUGAGUUUUCGACAUUGAAAUUUUGGUGCCACCCGUGUCAGAAUGUUGCAACUCAUCUUCUUGUUUUGGGUUUUUGUUGUUAUCACACACACAAACAGAGGAGAGUUCGGGUUUCCAUACUAGGAUAUGUGCUAACUGCCAUGAAUAGUGUUGGAACUUGUAUAUGUUCUUUAACGGCUGAACCCUUAUUCCAUCUUAUUCACUCUUCUUGACCCA